UUCCACCGAUAAAUAUUUUCAUUUCCCCGCUUCACUUUAUUAGUUUAUUCUUAUCAAAAUUAAUUUCAACAGAUGUAAAAUAAGUAUUUUCAAUAAGUUUGGUGCUCUCAUUGUUGAUUUAUUCAUACAUCACGAUGGAGAAUAUGAUGUAUGCCGUUGUUUGGUUCGCAGUAUCUCUGGGACUGACACUUGCAGCUGAAUGGGCCCCUUAUGGAAUAUUUUUCAUCGGUUCUGGGUACAACAUCCUCGAUGGAAAUCCGCAAGGGAGUAAGGAUUAUGGUGGGGCUGAUCCUGGCCUUCUGUCAACUCGAAAUGUCUUUGACUUUCACUUCGAUGAAGAUAAUCUCUCAGAUGAUGGAAAGUAUACAAUUCCAGAUGAGAUGACAGUCUCUGUCAACAAAUCGUGUACUAACACUACGAGACAACAGGCCGUAAGUGGCGGAUGGGAGUACCAGAAAGGUCUAAAGUAUAAUCUUGGACAAAGAAGAUUCAAUGAAUCGGAUAUCAACGUAACAAUGGAGAUACUUUUUAUUGGACUCGAGUUUACUGCCAGUCUCGGAUUUGAGUUUAUUGUGGAAGGCACACGUGACUUGGAAUAUGUAUAUUACGCCGAAUCAAAUGAAUGUUCACUUGCCAAGGCAUCGUUGAAGUUGGAUGAAGUUAAAAGUUCAAAGUAUUUUCUAAGUCGUUCUUUUGUAAUCAAUGCCUGCUCACUUCCGAAGUUGUACGACCAACAGACUUACUUUGAUUUCAUUGAUUUGUGGGGAACUCAUGUAGUAGUGGAAGUUGAGUUGGGUGUUAGGCAGUCGGAACGCUAUACCAGUUCAAGGAAUGAAUUUGUUCGCUACGCCAUGAGAGAGGCAGAGGCUAGCGUCGGAGUUGGGGUAGAACUGUUUAACUGGGCAGCAUCCAUUGUUAUUGAUAUUGACCGUUUCCAUCAGAGUAUGACCAAACAGACAAAAUUUGGAUCAAACCGAGUUGUUAUUACCAACGGAAACGAAGAACUAUCAGAACCAAUAAAAUUGAAUUUAAUUCGAAUGGAUGAGUUGUUUACCAAUGCAUUCUGGACACAAUUCAACUCUUACACAGAACAAGGUCUGUGUUCAAAGGCAUGGAAGUCCUCCCUUCCUGUCACGAGACUCAACGUGCAACGUGCAAUGUUGGCAUACCCCUUAUGGCGACAUGUGGAAAAGGCAGAGGAUCCCGUUGUACAAAUUCCAAUAACGUGGCCUUUGGGAGCCUACGGGCUCCCAAAGCCUGCUGCCGGUUGUCCACCGAAUAUCGACUUUCCUUGGCAUAGUGGCUAUCGCUACCAAGACACUGAAAACGACAGAGCCAAUAACUACUGGUCCGAUCCUCUACACUUCGAAGGUCCUUACAGUGUAGACAACAUGGAACAAGACUUUUGUAUGAAGACUCAGUAUAAAGGAGGCGAAUACGACUGGACCUGGCCAGAAGGAUCGUAUUGCAUCUUCAAAAAGGGCAGUACUUGUCCAGAUGGUCUUGACGAGGGAUACAUAUACUGGGACGAUGAAAAUCGCCACAACGCAAAUUCAUUUGGAGGGUCGGUGCCCGAAGGAAAGUACGAUGACAAUACCCGCAUUGAGUAUUGUUGCAAGAGGGAUGUGAUCAAUGCACGCGCUACCUACCUGCCGACGGACUCACCAUUCUAUCUUUUGUCGGAAUCAAACGGAUGCCAAAAGGUACACGGCAUGGACGUAACCGAAGAGUUUUUCCGUUGGGAUGAUGAAGAUAGCAGCAACAGUAAUGACAAAGGAGGCGCUCAUCCUUUUGAUUCUGGCGACAAAACCAACCAUGUCCUCCACUACUGCUAUUACCAGCCGGUCUAGUAUAAUUCCAGAUAAGGACGGCCUUCAAGACGUCAAUAUUCCUACGCUUAAAUCGGAAGCAUCAGAUUCAAUGUCAAGGAAAUACACGUAGACCUACACAAAAAUAAUUAAAUUACAUAGAACGAGAAUGUAUCUAAAUAUGAUUUCCAUAAAUUUAAAGGAACGCUUCUAAAAAUGGAGCAAACGAUCGGUUUGUAAUACAUACUAAAGUGACAUGUAUGUUGAUUAUCUAAAACUUUCAUUUGAAAUAAAUUGGUUAUAGGCUAGGCCUACUAGCUAAA